AUGGACGAUGAAGGGAUCGGAAAGGAGGCGGUCCAGUAUUUUAGUAACUUAUUCUCGGCUGACCCUGUGUCCGAGUUUCAGCUUCUGCAUGUUAUCCCUAACCUCGGGGAUGAUAUCGAGAACACGAGAUUGGAGGAAGUCCCCUCUUUAGAGGAGGUGAAGACGGUGAUCUUUGAUAUGGAUGGGGAUAGUGCAGCUAGGCCGGACGGGUUUACAGGAAAAUUCUUUACGACGGCACGGGAGGUGGUGGCUCACGAUGUUUACAGGACAAUUGUGAGUUUCUUAUGUGGUGUUGAGCUACCGCGGUUCAUUACGGCUACGUCUAUUGUUCUCCUACCCAAGAGUGGCUUUGUUAAAGGGCGGUUGACUGCAGAUAAUUAUUUGCUAGCUCAGGAGCUGAUGUCGAAGAUGGGAAGGAAGUGUAGAGGGGGGAAUCUGGCCCUGAAGUUGGACAUGGCUAAGACGUAUGAUAGGGUUUCCUGGCCAUUCCUUAUUGUAGUUAUGCGACAGUUUGGCUUUGGCGAAAGGUUUAUUGACAUGGUCUGGAGCUCAGAGGUGCUUUCUCGGGCCUUAAAUGCUCUUGUUGCCCAGACAUUUGUCGUGGGAUAUAAGGUACUGCGGCACUGCCCUUUUGUGUGUCAUUUGGCGUUUGCUGACGACGUUAUUAUCUUUGCGAAUAGGGAUGUGGAUUCGUUAAGGAGGGUUAUACAGACUUUGGAAUGGUAUCAGAGUGACUCUGGCCAGUUGGUAAAUGUGUAG